UCUGAUUUGUUGUCGAAAAAAAGAGACGGAAGAGAAAAAAGGAGCCCCAAAUCUAUUACGUUUUACCCGAAAAGAACCCUAAUCUUCUCAAGUCUCGAUUCAAAGUAUCGACACUCUGCUUGGUGGAAAUCGUUGUUCAGAAAUCCCCGUGUCCAAUUAGGUCAUGGCUGCAAAAAGGGUGAUAGCCGUUUGUCAGUCGGGUGGUGAAUUUGAGACUGACAAUAGUGGGGCAUUGUUGUAUAAAGGGGGGGAUGCUCAUGCGAUAGAUGUCGAUGAUCAAACGAAGUUCGAAGACUUCAAGACAGAAAUAGGAGAAAUGUUUAAUCUUAGCAUGGAUACUAUGUGUAUUAAGUACUUCCUCCCAGGUAAUAAAAAGACUCUCAUCACUGUCUCCAAUGAGAAGGAUUUAAAGCGGAUGAUAAAAUUUCAUGGGAAUUCUGCUACUGUUGAUGUGUUUAUCAUAAUGGAGGAGGAAAAUGAUGCUCAUGAUGUUUCUAACAUGCCAGCCAGUAGGUCGAGUAGGACAUCUUUGUCUGAAGCAGCUCCAGUCGAUCCACCUCUUGCGGCCCCACUUGAUAUUGUUGAUGCCCACAACAAUCAUAUUGAUGCACCUAUUGAGACGGCAACUGAGAUUUCAUCCAUACUUACUCUUUCUAAAAGCACUCAGCAGUGGCAGAAUACAAUUACAGGGGUAGGGCAAAGGUUCACUGGUGUUCAGGAAUUCCGUGAGACAAUACGUAAAUAUGCCAUUGCACAUCAGUUUGCAUUUAGGUACUAUAAGAACGAUAGCAAUCGUGUGACUGUUAAGUGCAAAGUAGAAGGCUGCCCUUGGAGAAUUCACGCGUCAAGGUUGUCAACCACUCAGCUGGUAUGUAUCAAGAAGAUGAAUCCAACACAUACUUGUGAAGGGUCUGCUUUGAGCACUGGGCAUCAAGCAAAUAGAAGUUGGGUAGCUAGUAUAAUAAAGGAGAGGUUGAAAGCUUUUCCACAGUACAAACCCAAGGAUAUUGUGACCGAUAUAAAGGAGGAAUUUGGGAUACAACUGAACUACACUCAGGCUUGGCGUGGAAAAGAAAUUGCCAGAGAACAGCUUCAGGGUUCAUAUAAGGUUGCUUACAGCCAGUUACCACUUUUCUGCGAAAGGAUAAUGGAGACCAAUCCUGGCAGUCUUGCUACGUACUCCACUAAGGAAGACUCUAGUUUUCAUCGCCUCUUUAUCGCAUUCCAUGCUUGUUUGUGCGGCUUUGUAGAAGGUUGCAGGCCUCUCCUUUUUCUUGAUAGCAUACCCUUGAAUUCCAAAUAUCAAGGUACCUUGUUGGCUGCAACUGCUGCUGAUGGGGAUGAUGGCGUAUUUCCUGUUGCCUUCUCUGUCGUAGAUGCUGAAACCGAUGAAAACUGGCAUUGGUUUUUGCUACAACUGAAAUCUGCCUUAUCAACAACUUUCCCUAUAACAUUUGUCGCAGACAUACAGAAGGGUUUACGGGAGUCGAUCUCUGAAAUUUUCAAGGGUUCAUUUCAUGGUUAUUGUCUCCGCUACUUAACUGAGCAACUCAUUAGAGACUUGAAAGGGCAGUUUUCUCAUGAGAUGAAACGGCUUAUGAUUGAUGACCUUCAUAAUGCUGCUUUGGCACCUAGACCUGAACUCUUUCAGACAUAUCUCGAGAGCAUAAAAAAAAUUUCACUGGAAGCUUACAAUUGGGUCAUACAAAGUGAGCCCCAAAACUGGGCAAAUGCAUAUUUCCCGGGUGCUAGAUAUAACCAUAUGACAUCAAACUUUGGGGAACUCUUUUACAGUUGGGUGUUGGAUGCACACGAAUUACCUAUAACUCAAAUGGUUGACGUCAUACGUCAAAAGAUUAUGGAGUUAAUUUAUACCCGCAGGGCUACUUCUGAUCAGUGGUUAACAAGGCUGACUCCGUGCAUGGAGGAAAAAUUGGAAAAAGAGGGCAUGAAAGUUCGUACGCUUCAAGUGCUACUGACUACUGGUAGCAUAUUUGAGGUUCGUGGUGAGUCCACUGAAAUCAUUGACAUGGAUCGUUGGGAUUGCAGUUGUAAAGGUUGGCAACUUUCUGCUUUACCGUGCUCUCAUGCUAUUGCUGUUAUCACUUGCAUUGGGCGAAACCCAUAUGACUUUUGCUCCAGAUACUUCACAACCGAAAGCUACAGGUUAACCUAUGCGGAGUCUAUACAACCUAUUCCAGAUGUAGAGAGGCCUCUGCGUAAGGAUUCUUCAUCAGCUCUAGUGACAGUAACUCCUCCUCCAACGCGCCGUCCACCAGGACGACCUACUACAAAGAAAGUUGGAUCACAUGAGGUAAUGAAGCGACAACUCCAGUGCAGUAGAUGCAAGGGGUUAGGGCACAACAAGUCCACUUGCAAAGAGCUCUUGUAGAGUGUUGAACGUGCUUCUGCAAAUGUGUCACAAUGGAGCCUGGUUUCCUGUACUACUUGGGUGAUUAAUCUUCAGCUUUCAUAUCAACAAGGAUCUGUUUCCCCAUACUGCUGCUGUCUAUCGUCUGAUAUUAAUAUCUUUAUUAACUGAAUUCUGUGGAUGCUAUCAGCCGUUGUAACUGAAAGUUUAGCUUUUAGCUUUACCUCUUUUGUUAAGUUUUGUUGCUGUUGCCAUUGGACUAACUAGUUCUCUUACUUUUGUGUUUGAUGAUUGUCAAAUAGUUUUAUUAGAGGUGCAAUUCUAUUUGGAGCUUCACGUGGUCUCUAGUUAAAGGUUAUGAGUAAUGAACAUGUCAAUGACUAGUAGGAAAACAAUGGUUAUUUUAACUUGAGCUAUUUGCAUCCUUGUUGAUGGAAAUCCAUAUAUUACCAUUGACUUGGAUCAAAUUUUGUUGAUGUAUAGUUAGUGAGAGAUUGGUUAGGUGUUCUGCCCCAUUUUAACAUUUUAAGUUGUGAAUGAUUGUGUUGCUUUUCCAA